AUACUUAGCUUUAGUUUUAUAUUUUUUAUAUUAAUUAGAACGUUAGUUUUAAUAUUAAGUAUAAGUAAAAGGGCCCCGGUGGGCCUAUUAAUAAGCUUAAUAUUAAUUAUAAUAAGAAGGUUAUUAAAAAUAAAACUAUUUAGAACUUUAAUAAUAGGGCCCGGGCUAAUAAGACCCUUAGUAUUAGUUAAUAGUCUUAGGAAAUUCCUUAUAUACUUACUAACUUUUAUUAAAUAUAGGCUUAUAUUAUAUAUACUAAUACUAAGGACGACUUUAACGCUACUUAGGACUACUUAUUAA